CCAGCCAAGUUGAUCAACGUUGAAUCAUAUUUAAUUUGGGUAAUUGUUUUAGGUGUUUCUUCUUUGAUUUUGUAGGAGAAGAACCGAAUUCAAUUCUGGUCUUCUAGUUCAGAGCUUCACUUAAAGCCAUGGAGAACAGUGCUCACAGGCGGAUCAAUUUGAUUCAUCGUCACCUUCAUUCACCGCCAUGUGACUUCAUCAACGCUCUUAAUCUGGCACAAACGAAUGGUGGGAACCAAUUGCAAACUGGGGUAGCAGAGCCUGUGAUUGUUGGAAGUAUGGUGCUGGAUAUUCACGCCAUACCCUCCUUUUCCGCCGUUCCUAGGUCAACCACUCCGGGCAAGAUCAACUAUAUAUUAGGAGGUGUAGCACGGAAUGUUGCUGAAUGUAUGUCGAAGCUUGGGGCCAACCCUUUCCUGAUUAGUGUGGUAGGACAUGACAUGGCAGGGAAUCUCUUGUUUGAGAAUUGGAGAUUGGCUGGGCUAUCAACAGAAGGCAUUCGGAAGCACAAAGAUAUCAGCACUGCUGUUGUGUGUGCCGUAGUUGAUUUCCAUGGAGAAUUGGCAGCUGCUGUGGCAAGUGUGGAAGCUAUUGAAAAGUUUCUCACACCUGAAUGGAUUGAGCAAUUCAAGUGCAAUAUUCGAGAUGCACCAGUGCUUAUGGUUGAUGCAAAUCUAAAUUCGCUUGCUCUGGAAGUCUCUUGCCAAAUGGCUGCCGAGUAUAAUACUCCAGUGUGGUUUGAGCCUGUGUCAGUUGCUAAAUCAAGAAGGAUUGCUUCAGUUGUCAAGUAUAUAAGUUUUACUUCACCUAAUGAAGAUGAACUGAUCGCCAUGGCCAAUGCAUUAUCUGGUCAAGAUUUGUUUUCUCCCAUCAAACAAGACAACAGCAUUACAAUUGAAUCUUUCUUUGAACAACUGAAAUCUGCUGUAUGGGUUUUGCUUGAGAAAGGUAUCAAGGUCGUCGUUCUAACAGUUGGUGCUCGUGGGGUUUUUGUGUGUUCUAAAGGACAACCAAGCUUCAUGAAAAUUUCUUCUAAAGAAGAAAUCAACAAGUAUAAAUCCUGCAGCCAACUGUUUAGAACUUUAGCUACGAGUUGUCCACCAAAUAUGUUUCCUGUUUCUCCUGUAACCGAGAAAAGCUCGUUUCUUUUCGCAAUGCACUUCCCUGCCCUUCCUGCAUCAGUAGUGAGGCUUACAGGCUGCGGAGAUUGCUUAGUUGGGGGAAUGCUUGCUUCUAUUUGUGCUGGCUUAAAUAUCUACCAAAGUACAGCCAUUGGAAUUGCGACUGCCAAAGCCACUGUCGAGACUGAAAAUAAUGUUCCUCAUGAAUUUCAUUCAGCCAAAAUUGCAGAUGAUGCUAGGUUGGUGUACACAGCUGGCAGAAUUGUGUUCCAUGAUCCCAUAAUGAAGCAUUUGAAACAUGGGUUACUGUGCCAUGUCCAAGGCAUCAAAUCCGGAUUUACACCCACCAUUUUCACGUCGAACCAACUCAUUAACUUCUAUGCGAAACAUGGUCUUCUUAACGAUGCCCAGAAAUUGUUUGACGAAAUGCCUGAACGAAAUGUUUUCUCCUGGAAUGCUAUAAUAUCGGCGUAUAUUAAGUCUCAGAACUUGAGAACAGCUCGGGCAUUAUUUGACUCCGCUGUCUAUAAAGAUUUGGUUACUUACAACUCUAUGUUGUCUGGUUAUGCUCGCUCUGAUGGGUAUGAGGGUAAAGCACUUGGGUUUUUUAUGGAAAUGCAAACGGCUCCUGAUAUGAUUAGAAUUGAUGAGUUCAGUCUCAUAAUCAUGCUUAAUUUAACUGCUAAGUUGUGUGUGAUUUCUUAUGGAAAGCAGUUGCAUUCCUUCAUGUUGAAGACUGCUAAUGACUUAAGUGUGUUUGCUGCUAGUUCCCUGAUUGAUAUGUACUCUAAGUGUGGGUUUUUUAAAGAAGCAUGUAGAGUUUAUUAUGGAUGUGGUGAGGUGGUUGAUUCGGUUUCUAGAAAUGCCAUGGUUGCAGCUUGUUGUAGAGAAGGGGAGAUAGAUGUGGCUUUGGAUCUUUUCUGGAAGGAAUUGGAGCAAAAUGAUGUUGUAGCAUGGAACACGAUGAUUUCCGGUUUUGUUCAGAAUGGUUAUGAGGAAGAGUCAUUGAAAUUAUUCGUUCGUAUGGCGGAUGAAAAGGUUGGGUGGAAUGAACACACUUUUGCAAGUGUCUUGAGUGCUUGCUCCAAUCUGAGGAGCUUGAAGCUUGGGAAGGAAGUCCACACUUAUGUUUUGAAGAAUAGAUUGAUUGCCAAUCCCUUCAUUUGCAGUGGCCUUGUUGAUGUUUACUGCAAAUGUAAUAACAUGAGGUAUGCAGAGUCAGUUCAUUCAGAAUUGAGGAUGCAGAAUGUAUAUUCGAUCACAUCAAUGAUUGUUGGCUAUUCGUCUCAAGGUAACAUGGCAGAAGCCAGAAAGCUUUUUGAUUCCUUGGAUGAAAAGAAUUCUGUUGUGUGGACUGCUUUGUUUUUUGGGUAUGUUAAAUUGCAGCAGUGUGAAGCAGUUUUUGAACUUUUAAGUGAAUAUAGGAAGGAGGCAAAAGUUCCUGAUGUGCUAAUUCUUAUCAGCAUAAUUGGAGCUUGUGCUAUACAAGCUGCUCUGGCUCCUGGUAAGCAGAUACACAGUUACAUGCUUCGAGCAGGCAUCAAAUUGGAUACAAAACUGACAAGUUCAUUGGUUGAUAUGUACUCAAAAUGUGGAAGUAUCAUUUAUGCAGAAAGGAUUUUUAGAGAAGUUAGUGAUAAGGAUUCCAUUAUUUACAACAUUAUGAUAGCUGGUUAUGCUCACCAUGGAUGGGAAAAUGAAGCAGUCCAGCUUUUCGAGGAAAUGGUUGAAAAUGAUCUCAAACCAGAUGCAAUCACUUUUGUUGCACUACUUUCAGCUUGUCGACACGGUGGUUUGGUAGAACUUGGUGAACAUUUUUUUGAUUCUAUGUCAAAUGAUUACAAUAUUAAUCCUGAAAUUGAUCAUUAUGCUUGUAUGAUUGACUUGUAUGGAAGGGCUAACCAACUAGAUAAAGCAUUGGAGUUCAUGAGAAAGAUUCCCAUACAGUUAGAUGCUGUCAUUUGGGGAGCAUUUCUGAAUGCUUGUAGGAUCAAUGGGAAUGCUGAACUUGCAAGAGAAGCAGAAGAUGAACUGUUGGUAAUCGAAGGAGAAAAUGGAGCUCGAUACGUACAGUUAGCUAAUGUAUAUGCUGCAGAAGGAAACUGGGAGGAGAUGGGAAGAAUAAGGAAGAAAAUGAAAGGAAAGGAGGUUAAGAAGAAUGCUGGUUGUAGUUGGGUUUUUGUGGAAAGUAAGUUCCAUGUAUUCAUUUCUGGUGAUAGAUUUCACUCAAAAAAUGAAGCUAUAUAUUCAACCUUAGCCUCCUUGACUGAUGAGCUACUUUACAAAGAUGAAGCAUUUUCAGCCGUUAAUUUGUGAAUCCGAAGAGAUCUAAAAUUUAUAGUCUGGAAUGACUAUGUUUCAAACUUGAAAUACUUAUUGAAUAGUUCUAUA